AUAGAUAAAAUGUAUUUAGCUUUCCGUUGACCCAUUUUCAGCAUGUCUUACUGUGCAAUGUUGCCCUAACUAUACCACUGUCUUGUUAAUGAGCAUCGCCUUACCAUCUAACACGAAGACGGCACGCGGAACUAAACGGCGGACUUAUUAGAAGACACCACUUUACAACGUAACACGGAGACUAUACGUUUUAUUGAUACGGUGGACUAACAGAAGACAAGGUCUAAUAACCUAACACGGAGACAACACGCUUACUUUAAUUACCAUCCGAUAUUUUUGUUACUACGACUUGAUUGUGACCUGGUCUGCUCUUGGCUAGAGGGUGAUAAUAUAUCUGACCUUGUCCAUUCUUUGAUGGAGGAGGUAAAUAAUAAGACGUCACUAUUAAGAUACGGUCCACACUGAAACAAUGAAAUUUGAUGAUAUUUUUAAAGAAAUAGGAGAAUUUGGUCCUUACCAGAGGCGGAACUACUGUUUUCUAAUCGUGGGGUGGAUGCUUACGGCCCCGAUCAUGGCUUUGUCAGUGUUUAUAUUAGGAUUACCAGAUCACAGGUGUCACAUCCCUGAUCUUAACAACGACACGUAUAAAAUACAGGGAGCGGAGCACUCCGAUUUAAUUCACAAGUACAUCCCCUUAGAUCACGAUGGGAAGUAUGACCAGUGUAACAUUUACGAAAUCCACCAAUCAGCGAUCGAGUUUGACAACAACAGUCGACCAAUCAACGCUUCCAAGAUAAAGUGUUCUGCUUGGGUUUACAGUAAAGAUCUCUUCCAUGACACAUUUGUAACGAAGGAAAAUUUGGUCUGUGAUGACAAAUACAAAAUUUCGCUGGCCAAAACGAUUUUCUUCGCCGGGGUUUUGACGGGUUCCUUCGUGUUCGGGAUAAUGUCGGAUGUCUUAGGACGACGUCAGACUAUCCUGAUCAGUAUUCUGAUAGAACUGGUUUCUAACGUCGCUCUGCCGUGGUCCUAUAACUUCACUAUGUACGUUAUAAUGCGCUUUUGUGCUGGAGCCGCUGCCGUGGGUCUCUUCAUGACGUCCUUUGUGCUAGGGAUGGAGUGGGUAGGUCCCUCCACCAGGAGACUGGCUACACUAGUCAUUGCGUUUUUCGGACCGGUAGGAGUGCUCUAUUUGACUUUGGUCUCAUAUCUUGCCCGAGAUUGGUUUUGGGUUGUUAUUGCAGUAGCUGUUCCAUUUGCAAUAGACGCCAUUUUGUGGUGGUUCAUUCCCGAGUCCCCGCGCUGGCUGUUCAGCACGGGGAGAAAACAGGAAGCUGUCUGUGUAUUGGAGAAAGCUGCGCAAUACAACAGGAAGGAAGUAUCGUCCAAGUCAUUGGGGGAGAUUGUGAUUGAAAAGAGAGAGGCGGGCAAGAUAUGGCUGCUAUUUUCGGAUCGUCGUAUGGGUGUCAGAACAGCCAUCUUGUAUUACAACUGGCUGGUGGCGAGCAUGGUUUUCUAUGGAAUCUCCCUAAACAUUGGAAUACUCUACGGAAAUUAUUACAUCAACUUCCUCCUGGUCGUCUUAGUGGACUUUCCGGGAAAUUAUCUGCCAUUUGUGAUGAUAGAUAGAUUUGGUAGAAAGAAGAGCCAUUUUGUGUACAUGUCUGCCUGUGGGGUACUUUUACUUAGCACUAUAUUCACAGUGAACUUUGGAGGAAAAGAUCUACAGGUAUUCACGACAGUAUUAGCUCUGGUAGGAAAAAUGUUCUCAACAGCAGCGUUCUCCACAAUCUUCGUCCUGUCCGCCGAACUUUUCCCUACGGCCAUAAGGAACGCUGGAAUGGGAUCCAGUUCGUGCUGGGCCCGUGUGGGCGGAAUGAUUUCACCUUUUAUUGCAGACACGGCUGACCUAAUUGGUGGGACUACCGGAAAUGCGGUUCCCCUGAUGAUAUUUGGAGGAGCGAGUAUUGUAGCGGCGGUCCUAACAUUAAUUCUGCCUGAAACAUUGGGUCAGGUGCUACCAGAGACGAUUGAAGAUGGGAAAAAUUUUGCUACGAAGGAGUACCAAGAAAAGUCGAAACAAUACAAGACUGGAUACGCAAAGGAUACAGAAACCACCCAGUUUUAGAAUGGUCCAUUACGUCUUCCAACAGGCCAUCGGACAUCAACGUUAAAAAGAUACAAGAAUCUAAUAUUAGAAGCGCUAUUUUGUUAGUUCGCGGUAGGCUUUCCGGUGACACUGAAUUUCUACAAUACAUGGCUUCAAGGAACGAUUGUUUGUAUGUAUUGCCACAUGCUUCUGUAUCAGCGUGUGUUAUAUCUUAUCGAUGAAAAUAGUUCGAUACUAAAAAAUGUUUUCCUCUUACACCAUGGUUCAUAUUUAUAGGUUAUAGACUUUGUAUGGAAAAAUAUGACGACAGAGUUUUUUGGCGCGUAGACGGACCGAGCUUGCGAGGUCCGUUCGCGACAAAAAACGAGGUCGUCAUAUUUCCCAUACAAAGUCUAUAACCUUUUUAUUAUAUAUUUUCAAUUUCAUUUAGAAACUAACAAUAAUUUUAUUUUUAACAAUAACUUUAUCGGUUUAACUGAGUAAAAGAUGAAAAACACGAAAAAUUUGAAAAUUAACGGCGUAGAAAUUUGAUUGUGAAGUAAUGUUUGCGGGCCGGAAUGUUUCCGGGAUAUAUGCCCGCAAACUUUUAAAGAAAAAAGAAGAGAUGAAAUUGAAAGUAUAUAGUAAAACAAUUUAUUAUAUAGCUAAUAAAUAGUCUAUUAUAAAAUCUGUGUAAAAUCUAGAGAAUGUUAGCGUUCAAUAUCCUGAGAAUUUAUUGAACGCUAACUUUGCAUUGCGUAAAUUGUAUGCACCCAAAACAUUCCGAAUAUGAGCGUUUAAUAUAUUGACGUUACCCUAACGACGUAAAGAAGCCAAAACGGUAGACGACAGUCCUCCGAAUCUGACAGAGCCGGUAUUUGAUAUGUACUUAAGCAAAAUGUUUUACUGUACAUAAAUUAUGAUAUCCCCAUUUACAAAAUCAGUUUGCUUCAUGCAUUAAUGACGGGUUAAAUAUUGAACAGUUAAGAAAUGCAUGCUGUUAUUGCAUACCUUCACCUUAGAUGACUAUAUUGAUGAAUUCUCGUCUAUUUUGGAGUAGUUUGAGUGAAAAGAGACAUAAUUUAACAACUAAAUAAUUUGGCUAUAUAAUAAAAGGGUUACUGAACUUAUAUAGGUGAAUAUUGGCACUCGUUAACUGUCAAAAUGUCUUGCAAGCUCGUGCAUUUUCCCAACCAACUCGUGCCAAUAUACACCAAUAUAAGUUCAAUAACCCUAUAAUUUUGAUUACUGAAAAGUUUGUCUAUUUGUCCACUUGCCUGUCUAGUUGUCCUCCAAUCUGUCUUUUGGUUUAUUUAUUUUUCUAUUGGUUUAUUUGUAUAUUUGUGUAUUUUGUCUAUGUGUGUAUUUGUCUAUUGGUUUAUUUGUCUAUUGGUUUAUUUAUCUAUAGGUUUAUUUGUCCAUUGUGUUUUUUGUCUAUUUGUUUAUUUGUAUAUUGGUUUAAUUGUCUAUUGGUUUAUUUGUCUAUUGGUUGUUUUGUCUAUUGUUUUUUUUUUGUCUAUUGUUUUUUUUUGUCUAUUGGUUUAUUUGUCUACUGGGUUUUUUGUCUAUUGGUUUAUUUGUUUUUUUUUGUCUAUUGGUUUAUUUGUCUAUUGGUUUAUUUGUCUAUUGUUUUUGUCUAUUUGUUUAUUUGUCUAUUGGUUUAUUUGUCUAUUGUUUUUGUCUAUUUGUUUAUUUGUUUAUUUGUCUACUGUUUUUAUUUGUCUGUUGGUUUAUUUGUCUACUGUUUUUAUUUGUCUGUUGGUUUAUUUGUCUACUGUUUUUUUGUCAAUAGGUUUAUUUGUCUGCUGUUUUUAUUUGUCGAUUGAUUUAUUUGUCUACUGGGUUUAUUUGUCUAUUGGUUUAUUAGUUUAUUGUUUUUUGUCUAUUUGUUUAUUUGUCUAUUGGUUUAUUUGUCUAUUGGUUUAUUUGUCUACUGUUUUUAUUUAUCGAUUGGUUUAUUUGUCUACUGGGUUUUUUUUUCUAUUGGUUUAUUUGUUUUUUGUUUGUCUAUUUGUUUAUUUGUCUAUUGGUUUAUUUGUCUAUUGGUUUAUUUGUCUACUGGUUUAUUUGUAUAUUGGUUUAUUUGUCUAUUUAGUUGGGUUUUUUUUGUUGUCUAUUUGUUUAUUUGUCUAUUGGUUUAUUUGUCUCUAUUAUUUCUCUUGUGUGACUGUUCGUCCAUAAGAUAUGUAAGUUGCUUUAUAGAAUUCAUAAAAUUAUCAAGGACUGAUGUUUGAUAUGAGACGUUCCUAACAAAUAAGACCCUUAUCUUAUCCAACAAUGUUUUUCAAAAAAAAACAAAAAAAAAAAACCGUAAUGAAAAACGUUACGUCAUGUUUUGCAUACUUGUAAAGAAAACAAAAACUAUCACGAGUUGGUUGCCAUCUUUGAUUGACUGUAAUAUUUUAACGGCAAUCAACAUUGUUCUAAUAUUGCUCUAAUAUUUUGAGGGGUCGUUCUAUAUAGUUCACAAUUUAACACUAAAACACUUUAGGGCCCCUUUCGCUAGGAACGGCUCACAUGAUAGCCCCCCCCCCCCCUCUUUUCCUUGUGUAGUUAUCUCCCCUGCAAGGUUGUUCUCGUUGAUCUCUUGUCCACCGAUAGAUAAAUAUGUUAUCAGUCUCUUGUCCACCGACAUUGUCAAAUGAAAUAAAACCACCAGUGGAUUUAACAUCCGUUACAUACUAAGGAUUCAGGGGGGAAGUCUUCGCUGUCCGCUACAACAUUUCUCCUAGAUAAAUUUGUAAAAUACUGUCAGUGAUCACACUGCACACACUCCUAAACGUACAACACAACACAUCUGACU